AGUCUAGAAACUGCAGGGAACAAAGGCGGAGUGACUGGAGAAAAGACGCCUUCGCAGGACCCACAACUACCUGCACCUCCCUCUUGCUCUCGGUGCGCCUUCCUACCUGUGCCUGACGUCCACCCAAGCGGGCAGGCAUGGGCUGUCUGGGCAACAGCAAGACCGCAGAAGACCAGGGCGUCGAUGAAAAGGAACGACGUGAGGCCAACAAAAAGAUCGAGAAGCAGUUGCAGAAAGAGCGCUUGGCCUACAAAGCGACCCACCGCCUGCUGCUGCUGGGGGCUGGAGAGUCUGGGAAAAGCACUAUCGUCAAACAGAUGAGGAUCCUGCACGUGAACGGAUUUAAUCCCGAGGAGAAGAAACAGAAAAUUCUGGACAUCAGGAAAAAUGUCAAAGAUGCUAUUGUGACAAUCGUCUCAGCAAUGAGUACUAUAAUACCUCCAGUCCCACUGGCCAACCCCGAAAACCAGUUUCGAUCAGAUUAUAUCAAGAGCAUAGCGCCUAUCACUGACUUUGAAUAUUCUCAGGAGUUCUUCGACCACGUGAAGAAGCUCUGGGACGACGAGGGCGUCAAGGCUUGCUUCGAGAGGUCCAAUGAGUACCAGCUCAUCGACUGCGCACAGUACUUCUUGGAGAGAAUCGACAGUGUCAGCCUGGUGGACUACACUCCCACUGACCAGGACCUGCUCAGGUGCAGGGUGCUGACAUCGGGAAUUUUCGAGACACGAUUCCAAGUGGACAAAGUGAAUUUUCACAUGUUCGACGUCGGUGGCCAGAGGGACGAGAGAAGGAAAUGGAUCCAGUGUUUCAACGACGUCACGGCCAUCAUCUACGUGGCGGCCUGCAGCAGCUACAACAUGGUGAUCCGGGAGGACAACAACACCAACCGGCUCCGAGAGUCCCUGGACCUGUUUGAAAGCAUCUGGAACAACAGGUGGCUGCGGACCAUCUCCAUCAUCCUGUUCCUGAACAAACAGGACAUGCUGGCGGAAAAAGUCCUAGCGGGGAAAUCGAAGAUUGAAGACUAUUUCCCAGAGUAUGCCAACUACACCGUCCCCGAAGACGCGACACCAGAUGCAGGAGAAGACCCCAAAGUCACAAGAGCCAAGUUCUUUAUCCGGGACUUGUUUUUGAGGAUCAGCACGGCCACUGGGGAUGGCAAGCACUACUGCUACCCGCACUUCACCUGCGCCGUGGACACAGAGAACAUCCGCAGGGUCUUCAACGACUGCCGUGACAUCAUCCAGAGGAUGCACCUCAAGCAGUAUGAACUCUUGUGAGGCCCACUGUCCCCGUCCCUCUGCUGCCCCCAUCCCUCUCGCCACCCCAACGAGUGGCCAGA